AUGGUACGAUUAAGUCUUUUCCACGCAGUAAAGAACUUUCCAGUUACAACGGACAAGAAAUCCUUACAACGAUUUCUUGGUCUCACAUCCUACUUUAGAAGAUUUGUUGAAGGGUAUGCAGUAGUAGCUAAACCGCUGUCGGACCUUUUACGCAAGGAUAAACGAAUUGUAUUGCAGGAACAGCAGUUGGCAUCCUUGCAGCAAUUAAAGAGGGCUCUGGUAAGUGCCCCUGUACUAAAUUUAUACAAUCCAAAGGCGGUCACAGAAGUGCACACCGAUGCGUGUAUAGAAAUGCGCUUAGCACAGUUAGAUAAUAUGCGUGAGGUUCUAGAUGAAGAGGAAAUCGCGGAAUUAGAUAAAAUACGUGAUGAAACUCGAGCAGAAGCCAAACGAACUAUAGAGACAAUUCAAGAAGAAAAUCGAAAGACGUUUAAUCUUAAGCGUAAACCAGGAAAAGAUUAUGAGUUAAAUGCGAUAGCAGCCAUUAAGCGAACGCAGUAUGGGACGGGUAUGAAGUUGAGGGCAAAAUACUUAGGACCUUAUAAAAUAUUUAAGAAAAUAGGACACGGCCGAUAUGAAGUAGAAAAGGUUGGCGACUAUGAAGGUCCACAUCGUACGAUUACUGUAGCAGAAUAUAUGAAACCAUGGACCUAG